GUCGAUCGGCAACCGCGACGCGGUCUCCAACAAUCUCCUCGGCCCACACUCGCGAACCCGAGCUCCUCUGGUUCCAGGUGGCGUAUCGGCGCUCUCACCUGCCAACGUAUAAAUUUUUAUACCCCGGACCCUCCACCAGGGACCGGGGACCAGCCGACCAAUCGGCGCGCCCGACCCUGGGGCCCCACGCUCAUCUCUAUACCGAAGGAAGGUACGCCUCGAAUAGCUCGCUCGGCACGAACUUAGUUCAGAAAUUCCGCCGUGCGCAAUAAACGUACGCGAACCGAUUCCGAGCCCUGUCUGCGCAUAUUGCGCCCCGUGAUUGUGCGCUUUGCGAGUGGCUCGCGGCCUCCUUGGAACGUUGACAACAAUUCUGCGGACCAGAAUAAGCCGUAACAUGGAGAUCUCGGCAGCUUGGCUGCUGACCAUCUUCUUGGCGGUCGCUACUGUUACGAUCAACGCGUCACCUACACCUUCAACCACUACGGAAGCUGUUCGUACCAACGCAGAGGAUGUAACGACCGAAUCCGUGAAAACGACAUCGAAAAGCAAUUUUAUAGAUUACGCUAAACCUUUCACGAAUGUGAAGGACAUAUUAAUGCAGGAAAUUCAGACUUUAGAUAAAGAUACUUCCGAUAUCCAGGAAGAAGUGGCGAAGACUUUCAAAGCCGAGGCGCAGAGAGACACCACGAAUUUUCGAAUAAAGGCGACUCCUAAGCCGAUCAAGACAAUAAAACAAAAUUCUCUUCUGGAAGAAGGAGAAGAAUUAUUGGACAAAGACGAUCCUGAUACGCCCUACGAUGAUCUUAGCGACGAGGAAAACGAAGACGACGAUUUCAGCGAUGAGGAAUAUGAGGACGAGGAUGUCGAUGAUGAUGAAGCGGUUAUGGAACAGUGCCCUGAUUAUUGCAAGUGCAUCGGGCAAUACGCCUCCGCAACAACUGCAACAUGUAACAAACUAGUGAAUGAUCAGCCCUUCGCGCCAAGUGUCGCACAUCUGCGCAUCGAGAACGCCGGCGAGAUACAAUUGGGACCGAACGCCCUGCGGGCUCUCGGCCUUCAGCAAUUGGAGUCCAUCACCAUCGUCGACACGCGCAUAGUCGAGCUAGAUCGUACGGCCUUCAAUGGCAUCACGUACCUGUUUGCCGUGAACUUGACACGCAAUGGUCUGCAGGACAUCCAUCCGAACACCUUCCAGAACAACACACAACUCAGCCUCCUCACGAUCGCCGGUAAUCCGCUUAAGCACAUGCACGACACGAAGCCGACGAAACACUAUCUGCUGCACGCACCCUCGGUCACCGAUUUCGAUUUCUCGAACAACGGAAUACUACGGUUGAAACGCACCGCCUUCUCCAAGAUGCCUCAGCUCAACUUCAUCAAUCUACGCGGUAAUCGGCUAAGGGAGAUCGACGGUAUGAUCUUUGAUUCGCUGGACCAGCUCAUGGAGGUGGAUCUCUCAGAUAACAUGUUGAAUGGGAUCCCGAUUGACCUGUUCGUUGGCAAGGACGUGCAAAUUCUUCGUAUUGCUGGAAAUAAUCUAUCGACAUUGGCCACUAUAAGUUCCUCGAAACUGACGAUGCUCGACGCUUCGAGAAACAAGAUCAAAAUAAUCGGUAAAGAAGACUUGGAAGGCGUACCAUCUUUGGACCAAUUAUACGUCAAGUCGAAUAAUUUGAAGAGAAUACAUCAACACGCCUUCAGCAAGCUCGAUCAAUUACAGUAUCUGGAUAUCAGCGACAACAGACUGUCCUCGUUAACCGAGCAUCAUUUCAAAUCUGUUUCUAGACUGCAGGUCCUGUUGAUGAAUGACAAUCCCGCUUUGCAAGUUCUGCCAGUUUUCAAAACUUACAACUUGAAGUAUAACACAUUCAGCAUCACCCGUUUCGAGUGCGCAAAUUGUGGUCUGGACAGCAUCAAGCCAGGCACAUUUGACGAAAUGCCAGCGCUGGCUCGCCUGAAGCUCUCGAAGAACCGGCUGACUAGCUUGCCUGAUGGAUUCCUGGAUAAUCUCUCGUCUCUUCGUGAACUCGAUCUGUCCGACAAUAUUAUCGCUACUAUUCAACCCAAUAUGUUCCGCGGUGGCAUAAAUUUGGCGAAGCUGUAUCUCGCCCGCAAUCCGUUGAGAACAUUGCAAGUGACACCGUUCUUAGACCUUCCAGGACUCUCCAAGCUGGACGUGAGCCGAUGCAAUCUCGAGCGCGUCUGGAGCGAGGCUAGAGUGCCGUUGAAGAGUCUUCGAUACUUGUCAGUUCGUGGUAAUCUUCUACGACGAAUCACCGUCGAGGAACUCAGGGCCAUGCCGCAUCUCACUGGUCUAGAUUUGUCGCACAAUCCUCUGGAUUGUGACUCCGAAUUUACAGAAGCUGUGCAAUGGCUUACCGAUAAUGGCGUUGCACCGACAGAAGUAUUUGAGCUUGUCAGUGAUAAGUUUGAUGAUAUUGAAGAAAUUGAUAACUCCAUGAACAUCAAUCAGUGGACAGAUUUGGCAAAGGUAGUUUGCGAUGGAAUCGAGGACGGUCCACCACCCAGAUCACUUCCUGGAAGAGGCACACACCAGAAAGAAAUUCCUCUAGAUCUUGAUAUUGUAGAGGAUUCCGAUCCCAUGUUGAAAAACGAACUCGAUAAUGAUGAGAAGAUAAACAUCGAUCACGGCAUGCAGCGGGUUGAUGAGCCGCGACUCAUGGAGGAUCCAGAGUACGACGAGGACUUCGCGGUCACCACGGAAUAUCAUACUUGGUACAAUAUAAGACCCGGCUUCAAAGUCUGGCUGGUUUCCGGUACCGUCCUGUCUGUUCUGGUGGUCUUCCUGUUAGUAGCACGCAUCGCCUGCUGCCUGGCGAACAAACGAGGACGAGGUCCGGUAAUCAGGCCACCCUUGAUCCUCCGUCAAGGUCUGGUCGACAACAAGAAUUGCGGUUUGGUAUACAAGCCUCUGCAGGAGGAGAUAGCCACGCCUCACAUGCCGAAACGAGGUAGCUUCUACUCGAGCAGUACCUUCCAUUACGACAAAAUUGUGCCGGAGAGUGUAUAAGAGAACUUGUUCCUUGAUUAAUUAAGUGGCCAAUUAGCGACCGAUGUCAAUCGUGAACGGCGGAUAUCGAAGCGGAAGCUAACUGACGAAGUGUCGUUUUCAAGAGAAGUUCUCUUUAGACUGUUAUUGGGUGAACGAUGAAGCCGAUGAGAAUGAUAAGGCAGACUCCUUCGACCAUACAGAUCUAUAUAUGUAUAUAUUUCUAAUCGCAACAAAUUGUUGCACAUCAUUUUCAUUAAAAAAGCAGAUAAUUAUGAGCAUUUAAUUCGACCUCCUAGAAAUGCAUAAUCAAAAUGCAUGCUUUUUUCUAGGCUUUGUCGUGUUCUCAAGGUUUAAACAAAACGCGUGAUUAAUAAGCGUCCCAUUGUUAUUAUAUUAACUCAAAGAUGCCUGAUAGAAGUAAAAUAAUAGUUACAAUAUUAUAUUUUAGAUAUAUAAACCGCAGUACUGUGUUACAAUCAUAUAAUAUAAUCAUAUUUCUUUUUAUAAGAAACAAGCAAAAAUUAGAUUAUUAUUUACAGAAAGUAGAAUUACAAAAAGUUACAACAAUGUACUUAUUAUUUAUGAGCUCCAAGCUUAUAAAGGCUUUACUCGGUUAAGCAGCGAGUUUUGAAGCGUAAUUAAAAGAAAAAUAAUACUGCUUAGAAGCAAUCAAAUGUAAUCGAAUGAUGGUUUUAUAUGAAAAUAUAACUUAAUAAUAAUAAUAAUACGGACACUGGGCAAAAGCAUGUGUAUUAGUGGUCGGUGAUGGACGAAUGAGAGAAUUACGUAUGACAGAUGUAAAAUUUUAUAAGAAACGAAACGAGAGAGCUCCCUGUAGGAUGCCCAAUCAUAGUAAUAUAUGCCAACACUACCAUAAAACAAUAAUUUUUAAUUAUGGUGACAAUAUUCUCACUCACAAUCAACGAGAAUUCGAAAGCUUACGUCGAAGCUAUUAUUUUACGUACGUUAUGUCGCUAAGUGCGCACAAGCUCUAUUAUGCUAUUACAUAUUUACGCUGUGUAAAUAAUAUAAAAAUCGUUUUAAUAAAAUUUUAUUUAGAACUAAA